AUGUAUCUGCCGUUGAAAGAAGGCGUCGCCGGCCUGGACCGCGACCAAUUCGAGAAACUCAAACAGUUGACGUUGGAGGCUCGACAGCUCUCGUACGCGCCAUAUUCCAAGUUCCGCGUAGGGUGCUGUCUGGUCGCCGAGGGCGACCUCUACUACACCGGUGCCAACGUCGAGAACGCAAGCUACGGUGGCGCGAUAUGUGCGGAAAGAACUACCAUUGUGAAGGCAGUGACCUCGGGAUGCCCCGAGUCUGCGGACGGGACCAAAUGGGUGUGUCUGGCGAUCGCCGGGGACUCUCUCGAGACCUGCAUCUCUCCGUGCGGCAUCUGCAGACAAUUCAUCCGGGAGUUCGCCGCAGACGACUUCCCCGUCGUGAUGUUCAAUGGAGAUGGGUCGCAGUUCCUGGUCAGGACGCUCAGAGAGCUGCUGCCGUUGAGCUUUGGGCCUGGAGAUCUGGCAUUUUGA